UCCUUUGCAGGCCUGCCAUUUGCAUUAGCAACAACCACUUAGAGGAACCAGAGUAAAGGAUAUUUACUACAUAGUAGCUUCCAGUUCCAGUAGGAGGCAUAAGAGCAGCAAGAAUGGAUUCAAAAAAAUGCUUAAUGUUUUUAAACAAACUGUCAGAUAUAAUUCUGACUCAGAUGCCAAGAGCUGAGUAUUCCAGUAUAUUCAAUGAUUUUGUUGAAUCUGAAUUUUUCCUGCUUGAUGGAGAUUCAUUAUUUAUCACAAUGAUGUGUGAGCAGUCAUUAAGGAAGGGGCAAAACCUCCACUUUUUCUAUCUGGUUGAACGCUAUCUUUUGGAUCUCACUAGUAAAGGAGGACAAUUUGCCAUCGUCUUCUUCGAGGAUGCUGAGUUUGCGUAUUUCAAAUUCCCUGAACUUCUUCCUUUGAGGACUGCCUUGAUUCUUCAUCUUAAGAAUAACACCACCAUUGAUGUCCGAACUGAAUUUUCUGGAUGCUUAUCGGAAGAAUGGAAAGUCUUCUUGGAAACAAGUUACCCGUAUUUCCUGAUAGUUGCAGAUGAAGGCCUGAACCACCUGCAAACACAUCUUUUCAAUUUAUUAAUCAUUCAAACUUGGUCAUUGAAGGUCAAUGUUGUGCUUUUCUCAGGACAAGCAUCUGAUAUUCUUCGACUUUAUGCUUAUUUUAUGCUAAGCUUGUCUAACGUACGGGAAUUUUUCAAGCAGAAUGUGGAGACAAUUAAGAGUGUUUAUCAAGCCCUGCUUGAACAACUGGAAAAAAGGAGAGAUUUACUAUUAGCACCACUUUUUAAAGAUUUAAGAUGGGAAAAUCUGAUGGAAGAGGCCUGUGACACUGUUUCUCACCUUGAGCAAGUCUGGCCAGAGGGAGCUGAUAUUCGGCGUGUCCAUUGUGUUGCUUCAUGUGCACUGUCCUUGCGAAUGUACCAUCGUUUUCUAGGAAGCACAAAGACCACAGCUGAUCAGAAAACCGACACUGAUGAGGUGGAAAGUAAUUGCUUAAGCAUGCAGGAAGUGGAAGAUCUGUGCAGACUGCAUUGUCUCAGUGUGGUGUUUCUCCUCCAUUUACCUCUUUCGCAAAGAGCUAGUGCUCGAUUCAUCACUUCACAUUGGAUUCAGGAAAUUCAUACUUUUUUACAAAUGAAAAGUUUGUGUGAAUAUUUCAUCCUAAGUAAUAUAAGUAUUUUUGAAUCUUGGAAUCUGAAUUUACUUCACCUUUCUGACUUAAAUGAUGAGGCUUUGUGGAAGAAUAUUGUUUUUUAUUAUGAAAAUGAAAGUGUACAAGGCCUGCCUUUGGAAGUGGGACAAGUCAUUAUGAAGGAUUAUGAACAUCUCUGGAACACAGUGUCAGCACUGGUCAGAGAGUUUGAGAUUGGAAAGCCUUUUCCUCUGAGAACAACGGAAGUUUGCUUUCUUACCAAGAGCCCAACACCAAUCAAAGAUGGAUCUGAGAAAAAGAUGACUAAUUUGGGUUUCAUUCCAAUGUCAUCUGACAUAAUUGAUAAGUUUGCUGGAGAUAUUCUGAAAGAUUUGCCCUUCCUAAAGAGUGAUGAUCCUAUUGUCACUUCCCUGGUUAAACAGAAGGAAUUUGAUGAACUUGUGCAUUGGCAUUCUCACAAGCCCCUUAGUGAUGAAUACGACCAGACAAAGAGCAAUUUUGAAGAAAACUCUAGAGACCCCCGUGUACUACGAUCUGUACAAAAAUAUCAUGUCUUUCAACGAUUUUACGGGAAUUCAUUAGAAUCAGUCUCUUCAAAACUCAUCGUACCUCAAAAUGUUAAAGGAAAGAGGGAUUUUGGUGACUCUAAGAACAAAAAGACUCAUGAGACUAAGGCUGAAAUAAUUAUUAGAGAGAAUAAGAAGAGGUUAUUUGCCAAGGAAGAUCAAAAAGAGGAACAAAAAUGGAAUGCUCUUUCAUUUUCCAUUGAAGAGGAACUGAAAAAGAACUUAACCUCUGGAAUAAAAAAUCUGGAAGAUUUUUUAAAAUCAUGUAAAAGUAACUCAGUGAAAUUUCGAGUGGAAAUGGUAGGGCUAAACGCCUGCUUAACUGCAUGGAAAGAGCAUUGCCGAGGUGAAGAAGGAAGACACAUGAAAGAUUUAAGGAUAGCUGUUCAAAUGAUGAAGAGAAUCCACUGCUUGAUGGAAAAAUACCCAGAACUUUUGCAAGAAGCAGAUCGGCAAUUCAUAGCCAGAUGUCUUCAGUAUUUAGGGUUUGAUGAGUUGGCAAGUUCUCUAUGUCCAACCCAGGCUAUAAAUGAUGACACAAAGAAGACAACUAAAUAUUCAGUUGGCAUUGGCCCAGUACGGUUUCAGCUGCAACACAUGGGGCACUAUUUGAUGCGAGAGGAGAGAAAAGAUCCAGAUCCCAGGGUCCAGGAUUUCAUCCCUGACACAUGGCAGCGAGAGCUCCUGGAUGUUGUGGAUAACCAUGAGUCAGCAGUGAUCGUUGCCCCGACGUCCUCAGGCAAAACCUACGCUUCCUACUACUGCAUGGAGAAAGUGCUGAAGGAGAGCAAUGAAGGGGUCGUGGUGUAUGUGGCGCCAACAAAGGCCCUUGUUAAUCAAGUAGCAGCAACUGUUCAGAGUCGGUACACCAAACAUUUACCAGGAGGUGAGACUCUAUGUGGUGUUUUCACGAGGGAUUAUCGACAUGAUGCUUUGAACUGUCAGGUUCUUAUUACGGUGCCUGCCUGCUUUGAAAUUCUGCUGCUAUCUCCUCAUCGUCAAAAGUGGGUGAAAAGGAUCCAAUAUGUUAUAUUUGAUGAGGUCCAUUGUCUUGGUGGAGAAAUUGGAGCAGAAAUCUGGGAGCAUCUCCUUGUCAUGAUCAGAUGUCCUUUUCUGGCUCUUUCUGCUACCAUCAGUAACCCUGAGCAUCUCACUGCGUGGCUUCAGUCAGUUAAACAAUACUGGAGACAAGAAGAUGCCAUCAUACAGAAAAACAGCUCUUUGAAAAAAGAUGGUCAUCCUACCAGUUACCCCAAACAUUACUUGAGAGUCAGACAAUCAUAUAAAGUUAGACUCGUGCUCUAUGGAGAGAGAUACAAUGAUUUAGAGAAGUAUAUUUGCUCAAUUAAUCAAGAUGACAUUGACUUUAAACAUUUUCACCCAUGUGCUGCGCUAACAACAGAUCAUAUUGAAAGAUACGGAUUCCCUUCUGAUCUUUCCCUUUCACCUCGAGAAAGUGUCCAGCUCUACGACAUCAUGUUUCAAACAUGGGACAGCUGGCCCAAGGCUCAGGAAUUAUGCCCAGAGAACUUCAUUUAUUUUAAGAAUAAAUUAGUCAUUAAAAAGCUGGAUGCCAGAAAAUACGAAGAGAGCUUAAAGGAAGAAUUAAGAACUUGGGUUACAGAUGGCAACAUAAAGAAGGCCGAAAUGGUGCUGAGAAAUCUCCAUCCCCAUGCGAAUGUUAGCACAAACAACAUAGACAAUCUGUUUCCAGUUCUUGUUGAGAAGCUACGGGAGAUGGACAAGUUACCUGCAUUAUUUUUUUUAUUCAGCUUAGCAGCCGUAGAAAACAGAGCAAGAAAUGUGUUUGCGUUCCUGUAUGAAAAGCAGGAGAAGAAACGGCCUCCUAAAGCUGACAAGGAAGCCCAUGACAUGGCCAACAAACUUCGGAAAGUUAAAAAAUCUAUAGAGAAACAAAAGAUUCAAGAUGAAAAAGGCCAGAAGAGGAAUAAAACAAUGGAUCAAAGCCUGAUACACGAAGCCGAACAUGAUCAUCUACUGAAGAAUUUGGAGAAGAACCUGGAAAUUCCUCAGGACUGCACAUACGCUGAUCCAAAAGCUAUCGAUGCUGAGACUUUACAGAUGGUGUUUGAUCGAGUAAAAUUUCAAAGAAAAGGUCAUAUAUUGAAAGACUUGGCAAAAAGGGGCAUUGGAUAUCAUCACAGUUCCAUGAGUGCCAAAGAGAAACAGUUAGUUGAAAUACUCUUUAGGAAAGGAUACAUUAGGGUGGUAACUGCUACUGGGACACUUGCUUUAGGAGUCAACAUGCCUUGUAAAUCCGUUGUUUUUGCUCAAAACUCUAUCUAUCUGGAUGCUUUAAAUUACAGACAGAUGUCUGGUCGGGCUGGCAGACGAGGCCAAGAUCUGCUUGGAAAUGUGUAUUUCUUUAAUAUUCCAUUUCCCAAAAUAGAAAAACUCAUAAAAUCCAAAGUUCCUGAAUUGAGAGGACAGUUCCCUUACAGCAUCACCUUCAUCCUUCGACUUAUGUUGCUUGCUUCCAAAGGAGAUGACCCAGAUGACGCCAAGGCCAAGGUUCUGUCAGUGCUGAAGCAUUCUUUGCUGUCCUUCAAACAAACCAGAAUCACAGGGAUGCUAAAACUCUACUUCUUGUUUUCUCUGCAAUUACUGGUCAAAGAGGGCUAUGUAGAUCAAGAAGGUAACCCGAUGGGGUUUGCUGGACUUGUAUCACAUUUGCAUUAUCAUGAGCCGUCUAAUUUUGUUUUUGUCUAUUUUCUUGUAAGAGGCCUUUUCCAUAAUCUAUGUCAGCCCACCACAAAAGGCUCAAAGCGUUUUUCUCAAGAUGUUAUGGAAAAGUUAAUGUUGGUAUUGGCACAUCUCUUUGGAAGAAGAUAUCUUCCAGCAAAGUUCCAAGACACCACUCUAACGUUUCAUCAGUCCAAGGUAUUCCUUGAGGAUCUCCCAAAAGAUUUCAGUGAUGCUUUACAUGAGUAUAACAUGAAUGUUACAAAGGACUUUACAUCUUUCCUACUAAUGGUUUCCAAAUUCGCUGAUAUGAAACAGGAAUACGAACUCCCAUUAUCAAAAAUCAAUUUCUCAGGUAAAGAAUGUGAGGGCUCCCAACUGGUGUCUCACUUGAUGAACUGCAAGGAAGGAAGAGCAGCUAUCUCACCAUUUGCUUGUCUCUCUGGAAACUUUGACAGUGAUUUACUUCAAGUACACGAUUCAGAACAUCUCAUUAUGCGCACAAUUGGUAUCAAUCACACACAAGCUCCUGUGCUGUGGCCACAGAGAUUUGAUAGCCAAGGAAGGCGGAUUCCACUUGAUGCUUACGCACUUGAUUUCUACAAACAUGGCUCCUUGCUAGGACUGGUCCAGGACAACAGGCUACAUGAAGGAGCAGCUUAUACAUUACUGAAGGAUUUUGGACUCACCAUUAAAGCUAUCAGUGUUGCCCUGCGUGAACUGUGUGAAAAUGAAGAUGACAAUGUUGUCUUAGCAUUUGAACAAUUGAGUGAAACCUUUUUUGAAAAAUUUAAUAAAGUUUGAAGACAGAACCUGGAAAUUCAAGUAACCUGGUACCACAACAGAGGACGAAGAACA